CGCGUAAGCCGGAGCCAACCAUUCGUCGCUACAGUCGGACCUCGCCUUGUUCAAGCUUCCAAGAUGAGUGCAUCAGAAGGCGGGGCCUCCAUCAAGAGUCUGCCGGCAGAGCUGCUGGCCUUGAUCGUGGAGCAUCUGCAUCAAUCAUCGAUGGACGAGCUCAUCUUUGCACUCGAACUCGAAGAUGCUCGCACGCUAGGCGCUGUCGGGCCACUCCAUGCGGUCACGAUGGUACAUCAGGAGAUGCGCAUACUCACGCAGAGCCAGAAGCUCGGCAUCACAGAGCGCCCGCUCCGCGACAAGGCAGGCUUCCAGCUAGAAAGAGCACUCAGGCAAUGCAGCAUGGAGCCUACCGCUGCUACGUCGACUGCAGAGGAAGCAAAGGGAUCAUCAGAUAGUCAGGAGGGCAACGACGAUUGGGAAGAUGCCUCUGAUCUGACAGACGACUCAAAGAUUGAGCGACGUGUCAUGCCCGCUCACGUCAAGCUCGGCAAGCUUUGCGUCAUCACCUCCGUCUGGCAUCUGGCCCAGACCUGCAAAACUUUUCGCGAGCUCUGCAGACCCUGGCAGUGGAUGCAUCUCGACUUCACGUCCGCUACCAAUCAGGACAUACUCGCGUUCAUCAGUGCCUUGGCGCCCUCGGUCUCGCAGUACACACGAACGCUCCGCAUGGCCAUGACAAGGACCAUGCUCACGCUCAAGGGCGUCGUCGCAGACACCGAGCCUGACACCUUUGAGCCUUUCAGACGAAUGGCACUCGCCAUCGUCUUGUUUCGAUUUUUCGACAAGAUCACCUCCCUCGAUACCGAUCUUCCGCUUGACCGUACCAGCAAGGACAGAUUCACAGAUCAUCUGCCUGAUGCGUCCAACCUGCUCGAGCUGGAGCUCAUAGACGACUGCAACGAAUUGGCACGCCAGGCCGGGGAAGCCUUGCGACCGAGUCUCUCCAUGCUCCGACCUGUCUUCGACCGCUAUAAGCAUAUCAAACGACUCAGACUCGAAGAUUUUGAUGACACUGUCUGCCAACCCGACGGUGUCCACAACAUCUUCGACCACGUACAGUCACUCGAAAGUCUGACGCAUCUUGAACUCAUCAAUGUCCGCCAAGCCCGCUCGCCCGUGCUCGUGCCGCCAUCAAUGACCGACUGGCGCCCCAAGCUGACCCAUCUGACACUUUAUCAGUUCAUGCCGCUCGAUCGAACCGUGCUCGAGGCCCUGCUGAAGCUUUGCCAAGAGACGCUAGAGCAUCUCGAGCUCGACCUCAUCGACGGCCUAGAGGACCUUUCCGGGCCUCAAGGACUAGAUGAUGGGCCCGAGUUUGAUUUUGGCAAGCUUGAAUUCCUCGCGCUUGGCUCUGCAGACGCCGGUGUCCAAUUCAUACAGCGGUUCCGAACUUCGCCUUUGCGCUCCCUCGAGAUCGGCGAGUUAGAGAUGGCAUACAACCAAUUUGAGCCAAUCAUCGAAACACGCUUCUUCCCGCAGCUGGAAGCGCUCUGGGUGCUGUCCGGCACCGGUUUCUCUGACGCCGAGCUGGAAUCGCUCGAGGUGCUCUGCUUGGCGAGAGGAGUCGAUUGCCAGAUCUCGGAGGACGACGAUGACGACGACGAUGGCGAUGGCGAUGACGAAGACGAGGAGGAGGAUGAUCAGGACGAUGAAGAUGAGGACGAAGACGAGGACCAGGACCAGGACUACAUGGGCUACUAUGGUCCGUUCGAUGACGAUGACGAUGGUGAAGACCUGAACGGGUACGAUGCCGUUGACAACGACUUUGACGAAUUGAGCAGCAAUGUCAUCGCAAACAUGCUUGCAAGAGAUACCGGUGCAAGGCAUCCUGCGGCUCACUAUUUGCGAUCCUGGGCAUCGUUAGACGGAGCUGGGUAUGAUUUUACCUAGCAAAGGUACGCAUCCAGGCCUUUUCGAGGAUCUCGCUGAAGCCCUCAAGGUCAUUGGCUUUAGGAACGCGUAUAAUUCCAGCAAAGCUCUCUUCCGAGAUAACAUGUGGCAUAUUUGAGGAAGAUCCCUGCUCAUGACAAUGCCUCGUCAAAGCGGCCGCGGGCGCCAGAUAGCGUAUCUUCAAUGCAAGCUGUUCGCCUCUGCUGAUCAACU